UAAAAUAUAGCAUACCUGUUUAAUUUACCAGCAGAAAACUGACCUCUUAUUACUAUUUAACUUCGUUUUAGCCCUUAUCUUUUCAAAGAGGAGCUUCCGAAAGGUAAUUGUUGUCUGGCUGUGGGAUGUGAGUGUUGUGACUGUGGGUGACACAAGAGGACGAAGCAGUGCUGGGGGAGGCGCUCUGUUCUGCCCAGAGCAGGACGCAAGAGACGGUCGCUCUCCAAGGUGCUGAAAGUCGGGAGCGCUCCCCUCCUCAGUCUCGCAUUCCUUGCGAAUAAUGCCAACCGCAACUGCAAAUCCUCUAUGGACUGCCUUCAUUCUGAAGUGCUUUAAUUUUUUUAUAUAACCUUCCAUGAUUGUUAUAUUGGAUUCUGGUUUCACAGUACAGCCGUUGGAUGUAUAUAUGCUCCCGUCUGUAAAACAAGACCGAGAGCAGCUCUCUAACCUACAUCAUUUGGAUAUACUGGCUUGACUCUGGAUUCUCAAGGAACGUUUUACAGAGGGAAUUUAGCAGUUUUUUUUUUUCUUGCAUCUUUGAAAAGCUCUAGCUGCGUGUGCCGCAUGCUGUAGGACGUGAACUGUGAUAUUGUCUGAGAAAGGUGAGUCGGAUCAGGAUAAUCCUGAAACAGACCUACUUUUUUCGUGGAUGUCGCCGUUUUUGCACUGGAAAGAGCGACGCAAAGAGGCUGAUAACUGAUUGCUUCUCAUGAUCCAGGAGGAAGGUGGGCAAUAAUAGUGUUUAGAGAAGCCUUUGAAUUUAAUGUGGGGAUAAUAUUGAAGUUUUUAAUAGCCAUGGCGGAUAUCUGAAAUCUUUCCCAGCCAUCCAUGCUUUUGACUCUCCUGGUUCGACACUAAUAGGAUAUCCAGCGUAUUUUCUCUCUCUUUUACAAGGAACAUCUCUCUAUAAGAUGACAGUGAUAACGAUGGUAGCGAUAAUAAAGGCCGAUUUGGAUCCGGAGAGAUUACCCGGAGCUUAGGGAUGACAUCCAUGCAUUCGUGUUGAAUGUGGAUGUUAACGCCACGGGGAAGGAUGGGCCCUCUCCUCUCGGCCGCAUCCGUCCUCCUCCUCUUUUUCCUCCUGGCCAUGAGCGUCGCGUCUCCAGCCACGGUGGGCAACCCCGAGGAUUACGCCGCCGAUGAGGCAGAGCGGACCGCCGCGGAUAACAUUGUCUUCGACGAUUAUCGGGGGAAGGGGUGCGUGGAUGACAGUGGUUUCGUGUACAAGCUCGGGGAGCGCUUCUAUCCGGGACACUCAAACUGCCCGUGCGUGUGCACGGAGGACGGGCCCGUUUGCGACCAGCCCGAAUGCCCGAAACUGCACCCCAAGUGCACGAAAGUGGAGCACAAUGGAUGCUGCCCAGAGUGCAAGGAGGUUAAAAACUUUUGCGAGUACCGGGGGAAAACGUACAAAAUACUGGAAGAAUUCAAGCCGUCACCCUGUGAAUGGUGCCGCUGCGAACCAAAUAACGAGGUACACUGUGUGGUGUCUGACUGUGCUGUCCCAGAGUGUGUCAACCCUGUUUAUGAGCCAGAGCAGUGCUGCCCCAUCUGUAAAAAUGGUCCAAAUUGCUUUGCCGGAACGACGAUCAUCCCAGCCGGAAUUGAAGUAAAGGUGGACGACUGCACCAUCUGCCGCUGCCACAACGGAGACUGGUGGAAGCCAGCACAGUGCUUGCGGCGGGAGUGCCUCAACGGCCAGUCGUUGUCAUAAAGAGAGGCUCCACUGCAGAUGGUGGAUAAACUCAGGCAAGGCUCUGCCUACUGGGCUAUUUUAAGUGAUUGACAGGGCAUGAGCACAAUUCCUACAAAAUAAAGAACAAAAGAAGUUAAAGGAAAAGCAGAGGUGACGUAGAAAUGAAGAGACGCUCUCACAAGCUUCAUACAAAUACAGUAUACUAGCCAGUGAGAAGAUGAUGGAACUUAUCUCACGGCUGUUUCCGCCCUGCAGUUUUACUCGGCCUAUAUAUUUGCAAAAGUUGACUCUGCUGCUUUCUCCCAGAAAGUUUCUAAGCUUCUUGAACUCUUUCCUAACCACUGGCAAUGGUGAACUGCUCAUGUCAAGUUUCUGUAUGUAUGUCUUCAGCUUGUUACUACGCGUUCUUCAUGACCACGCUGGUGUUGUAAAGAUCAAACAGCAGGAAAAAAAAAAGAAAAAUUGAAAGCACACUUUACUGCGCUUUUUUUGUGUUUUCCUGGUCAUACUAGGAUUACCACUGCAGAUAAGCUUAAAUUCCCCACUACCCUCUAAGAGCUUGUUUACAAAAUGCACAUUGUUUGUCUUCAUAAGACUUUUUAAAUGGAUGUGGCUGUUGCUCACCUCUACCCAAUGAGUGUCAUGUUUUAUAAACUGCAAUGCAUCUGACAAGGCUGCUUUUUUCUUUUUUGGUAUGCCAUUGUUUUGUGUUGUGUCUUUGUUUAAAAGCAGCACAAACUGAAGCUUUCGGUAUUACUGUGUGUAGCUGAGAAGGAAGCAGGAUGUUAACCCAUGUAGCCCUUUGAAUGAGCAGGAAAUACAGGAAAAACAAAUCUUCUGUCUGACCAAAUGUCUUUAUUGUUUUGUUUUUUUGUUUUGUUUUAAGGUCCAGAUCCUUCAACUAACUAACUGCUUGAACUUGUUAUCAAAGCACUUAGGAAGCCAAGAGCAGCCCGUUUUAAUUUUCCUUAAUCAGGAGUAUUCUGUAAUAAAUCAUCCAGCUGGGUACUUGGCGCAGCCUUCUUGCUGGGCACAUCUAGCAUGAACCGGCACACAAAGGAGAGGGGGGUCUGCACAUGGCUAAGUGGUUUUAGGCAGCAUUCACAAGUGUAAUGUCCAUGUGAUGAUUUGGUCUUGCCAUUCAUCCACUAUUCAGGCACAGUGUGUUGAACUGCAUUCACUGAAGCACAUAAACCUCAUACAUAAGUCUUUAACAUACAGAGCUCUGACAUGUAGCACUGAAUAUUUAACCGAUUUUCAUUUCAGUCUUUCUUGAAAACACCACACUGUCUCAGCCAGUAUGAAGCAAAUAUAUGAUCAUGACUAUAACAUACAGCUGUGCUAAUGUAUUACACUGGUCGUCAGGCGAUCCACUCUGAGAGAGGAAGCACCCUACCCGGCACCAUAAACAUGAAAUUUUUCACAUGAUAAAUAUUACUCAUUAAUCCGGAGGUGAAUUUCCGUAAGCAGACUCCAUUCAUCACUAAGAUUUUUUUUCCCCCUCCAUUUUAAGAAAAUCUGUUUCCGUUAACCUUUUAAACCCCAUUCCUCUACAGUGAUGGAUGAGUUGCUUAAUAGCAGCUUCUAGCCCUCUGUAAUGAGACAGAAAUGAACAGAGGAUUAAAGACCUGUGACUAAAGAGGUGUAUCACCUUAAAAGGCAUUAAAAGUAAUUUUAGAAGUAUCCCACACUCUAGAAAUCUGCUGCAUGACUUGAAUAAGGACACUGGAUAAAAUUGGGCAAAGAUUGUUCUUUAAAAGGUAGAUUGGAAUCUCUGUGGUCUUUUCUAUAGUGUAUAACUCUCUUAGCAUUUUAAGUUUAGAAGAGGCAAAGCAAGUUUAUUUAUAUAGUGCAUUCAGUGGCAAGACAA